AAGCAAGAGCACCUUUAACGUAGUUCUGCGCGGACCCUUUGAUGGAGCUGUUGGAUGAAAGUAAGAGCGACGCUGGGGAAAUAGAAUGAGCAGAAUUCCACGCGCGCGCGACAACAUAGUCGAUUAUUCGCAACUCAGGUGCCAUUCUUGCUGCAGCGACCGGCGAUGGAGAUCAGGAUCCGUGGUUGUUUGAUCUUUUUUAUAAGUUCCAUUCUUCUCCUCGAUGUCUGUGAUUCCCAGAGUGGACUUGUUGAAAGACUACGGCAAUGCAGUCCAUUUGAACAAAACUUUGACGAAUGCAUGCUUCCAGUACUAAACACCUUGAAUUACUUAUUUCCUACCGGUGUGCCUGAGUUUGGAAUUCCCCCGUUUGACCCGUUCUUCGCCAGUGAAGUUGAAACGUCUCGGAAAAAUCCACUAUUCAGCUUUAAUUUAAAGCUCACCAAUGUGACUGAGUCUGGUUGGACAAAUUCAAACGUAAAAAAGUUUAAGAGCGAUUUUCCAAACAAUCGGGUGACCGUGGACCAGUACUGGGAUGACAAGAGACUUUCUGGAGGCUAUGUUUUCGACCUCAAAAUCCUUGGAAUCUUUCGGAUGCAAAACAGCGGCAACUUCAACCUCACCCUGCUCGGCUUCAACCAAAAAACGACUCUGAGAAGGCCCCCAGGAUUUCUUGACGAAUAUGGAGCACCUUUAACUCAGGUCACAGUUAAUAUCCAGGACGUUCGAGAUAUGAAAUUGCAUAUUUCAAACCUUUUCCAUGGAAGGCAGAUUAUUGAGUACACCCUGGAUAGUAUUAUUAAUGCAACAUGGAGGCCUUUCUACCCUUUCGCAAAAGGAUUGGUCAAUGAAUUGGUCGGAAAAGCGUUCACCAAAAUUUUCACUAGGGCCUUCCAAAAUGUUCCUUUGAAUCUUAUAUACGGUUUCUAAAUAACCACCAACCACCUUUUUAAAUUUAAUUACAGAAAAUGAAAUUUUUGGCCAUUUUAUUUCCGUACUCUGAUGUUUUUGAUCUUAUUGUUCUCAUGAAGAGAAAAUUGUAGUUUACGGCCAGCGCAGCAAAUAACCUCAUAAGCCUUAAACUUUGAUGAUAUGUAUUCUUGCCCGAUUUAGUUCCUAGCUCUACUCCUUAUUUGGGUGCUCAAUUAUUGUUAUUAAUUUUGCUAUAUAAUUAAAACAAUUUAAAAGA